AUGCUCUCAGGCCUGACCAAGGCCCCGGAAUUUAAGCUCAUCAGGGAGAUGCACUACCGCGACAAUUUUACUUCAGUAGACAGUCUCCAGGCGACGGCUAACCGCUUUUUCGUGGAUCAGCAGUCGCGCAACGCGUCGGGCCCCGUGGUCUCGGGCCGAGGGGCUGCGAUGGCGGUCGCGUCAGACACCGACCAGUGCCGCCGAUGCAAGUCGUACGGACACUUUCAGCGCGAUUGUCCGCAACAGGUCCAAAAGAGCCGUCCUAAGCAGAGCAAGAAAAAGGGAGCAAACAAGGGAGGAGGUGGUGCAAGUGUACAGCCAAAGCGGUGCUCCUACCGCAACACCAAGACACACAGCGAUGCUGAGUGCCUGAAGCAAAAGGAGAUCCGGGAAAACAAGCAAAAGGAGCUUGAAGGGUUGGCGGCGAACCUGGCGCUCCUGCAGCCAGCUAGCCAUGCCAACUUUCUGCAACUCUCCAAUAACGGGAGUGCUCACCUGGCGCAAUCUUCUCCGGCGGUGGCGCAACAGGCUCCGUCAGAGCCGACUUCGGGAGGCACCGGCAUCUGCCUCAUCAACGUCGAGUGCGCAGGACCACCGACUGCCUUCAGGGUUCUUCGGGCUGGCACCAACCUCUUCUCCGUGACAUUGGCGAUGCUAAAAGGGGUGGAGACGUUGUUUCAUCCGGACAACCCCAGGUUGGAGUCAGGGGACGUGGUUUUCCCAAUGCAGACCCUCGGGGUGGACGCCACGACCGGAAAACGCAUAUACUCUAUCGAGGUGAAGCUAGGGGGUGAACCUGGGGGCCCGACGGUCCUCGGAGACGCGCCUGAUGCCCUCGCCCUGAAGGUGGAGUCCGCUGAUCUCUGGCACCGGCGCAUGGGGCACAUCAACGGCAAGAGCUUGGACGUUCUGAGGAAAGAACCGGUCAACGGCGUCGACUACACCGGAAACGUGAACGACUGUUGUGUCUGCCCGCUCGGAAAAAGCGCACAACAACCUCACCCAAAGCAGGUCACCUACGGCGUCCUGCGCCCCUUCCAGCACGUUUCCGUCGACACCCUUGGCCCCUUCACACCUACAGCGUUGGGCGGAUUCAAGUACGCCACCAAGUUUGUGGACCAGCAGACCAAGUGGGCGGAGAUAGUUCUCAUGAAGGACCAGGCCUGUUCUGUAGACUCCCUCGCGUUGUUCAAGAAAGGGACCGUGGUUCCUACCGGCGAACGCAUUCAUUGCCUCCGCGGGGAUCCGGGCACAGAAUUCACGAGUGCGGAAUUCCGUCAGUACUGUCAAGACAUCGGCAUCAAGCUGGAGUUCGCCUCUCCGAACACCCCUCAGCAGAUGGGAGCCAACGAGCGUGCGGGUCGGACGGUUUUGAAUGUCGUGCGCUGUCUGCUCGCUGACUCAACUCUACCGAACUUCCUUUGGGGGGAGCUGAUCCAGACGGCAGUCUACCUGAGCAACCGGGUUCCUCAUGCAGCCCUGCAAAACGGGACGCCGUACAAGGCGCUCUACGGCAAGGAUGCCUACCUUGGUCACCUUCGGGUGAUAGGGUCAAGGGCGUUCGUGCACGAAGAGACCCACACCAGGAAGCUGGAGCACCGUGCUUGGGAAGGACGCCUUGUNGUUGGAUGGGCUUCGACCACGGGGAGUUCACGUACGACAACCACAAUGACAUGGUCGAGUUCGCGCAUGCCCAACGCGAAGACCAUCCGCGAACUCCGUCGUACCUCCUACGCAUUUACCGCGAAAGGGGAGUUCCCUGAAGUCGCUCAUAGGGACGGCUCCUUUGGUUUCACGGAAUACGCGUACGCUACUGGGGCAUCCCAACCGGAUGUUCCACAGACGAUUGAAGAGGCAAGGGCCAUGUCGGACGGAGAACAGUGGAACGCAGCUGCAGAGCGCGAGAUUGCGAAUAUGAAGGAACGUCAAGUUUACAAGCUCGUCCCGCGCACGGCAGUUCCCCCAGGGAGGAAGCGGAUAAAGUCCAAAUGGGUGUUCAAGCCCGUGCAGUUCAACCUGGAGUUGGAUCAAAUGGACUUGUCUACAGCCUUCCUUUACGCUGACAUCCUCGAGAACGUAUUCGUCGAACAGCCACCUGGCUUCGAGGUCAAGGACAAGGAUGGAGGCGAUCUAGUGAUGCAGCUACAGAAGAGCCUCUACGGGCUGGCCCAAAGCCCCAGCAACUGGUUCCACACCAUCGACCCUUUCCUUGUUGAGAUAGGUUUCGUUCCGCUCAAGUCUGACACUUGCGUCUACCUGUACGACCACGACGAUGUUCAAGUCUACCUGACGCUCUACGUUGACGAUCUCCUUCUAGCCGGUAACAACUCCAACGCCAUCUCGAUGAUCAAAAAGAAGCUGAAACAAAGGUUCAAGAUGACGGACAUGGGAGAGGUGAAGCUGGUCUUGGGUAUGGAAAUUAAGAGGGACCGUAACCAAGGUGCCCUGACGAUUUCCCAGGAAGCGUAUACCAAGUCCAUCUUAGAGAGGUUCGGGAUGUCAGAAUGCAAACCAACCAGCACGCCUGGCUAUGGGGUUUUCCACUCCUGA